AAGCCCAUGAGGACCAUAGACAAGAGAGUUGAAGAAAUGGUGGUUUCUCAUACUACAAAAACAGUCUGGCUAGUAGCUUAGCUAUUUGUGUAUUUGCAUGUUAGAAAUAGAAUCUCACAGGAACUGAGUUUCCCAUGUUUCUUGAGGAUUUGGUGCUGGGUCUAUGCCUUUGUUUCUUGUUGUUGCCUUGUCUUAAGACUUUGCAAUCUAUGGAAAAUAUGUUUUCUUGCCAAUCACAUACCUCUUUUCUGAUAUAGGUUCCUCUAUUACAGGUUUUUUUUGUUUUGUUUUGUUGGAUGUUCUGUCAAUAAUAUGUCUAAACUUGCCUCUCUUGAAGAGUCUCUUUUGAAUGGUGACUCUAGUGUAAGCAACAAUUCUAAUCCCAAAAAGACCAGAGAAAAUGAAAAUUUGACAAGUUAUUCAAAGGCUGGGUUUUUCAGCAUUCUUACUUUCUCAUGGAUCACUCCACUAAUAACACUGGGAUAUAAGAAGACUUUAGAACAUGAGGAUCUCCCACUGCUUGCUAACACUGACAGUGCCUAUGGGACUUUUCCAACUUUCAGAAACAAGCUUGAGUCAGAGUGUGGUAGUGCUAGUAGAGUCACCGCUCUUAAGCUUGCUAAAGUGUUAAUCUUCUCAACAUGGCAAGGGAUUCUUGUAUCAGGCUUGUUUGCAUUCUUGUUCACAUGUGCUUCUUAUGUUGGACCCUACCUUAUUGAAAACCUAGUUCAGUAUCUCAAUGGGGAAAACAAGUCUAAAAAUGAAGGCUAUGUUUUGGUUAUGGUAUUUGUUGCAGCAAAGCUUGUGGAGUGCCUUUCGCAGCGGCAAUGGAUGCUUAGGUUCCAGCAGGUUGGGGUUAGGAUGCAAUCAAUGUUGGUGGCAAUGAUCUAUGCAAAAGGUUUGACCCUUUCAUCUCAAUCAAAAGAGGGUAACAGCAGUGGGGAAAUCAUCAAUUUAUUGACUGUUGAUGCAGCAAGGAUUGGUGAAUUUUGUUGGUACAUGCAUGAUCCAUGGAUGUGUGUUCUGCAAGUUGGUUUGGCAUUGUUGAUUCUUUGUAGAAGUGUAGGCGUCGCUUCUGUUGCCGCUUUUGCUGCCACAGUAAUUGUGAUGCUGCUAAACCUUCCUGUGGCAUCAUUGCAAGAGAAGUUCCAAGGUAAGGUGAUGGAGUUCAAGGAUAAAAGAAUGAAGGCUACAUCUGAGAUUCUAUCAAAUAUGAGGAUCCUGAAACUGCAAGCAUGGGAAAUGAAGUUCUUAUCGAAGAUUUUUCACCUUAGGAAGACAGAGGAGCUAUGGCUAAAGAAAUUUCUUCUUGGCACAGCAGUUAUUAGAUUUCUCUUCUUUAACGCGCCUACUUUUGUUGCUGUGGUUACUUUUGGGGCUUGCGUUCUUAUAGGCAUCCCACUUGAAUCAGGGAAGGUCUUAUCUGCUCUUGCAACAUUCAGAAUUCUUCAAAUGCCAAUCUAUAGUCUUCCUGACACAAUUUCAAUGAUUGCACAAACUAAGGUUUCCCUUGAUAGGAUUGCAUCGUAUCUUCGCCUAGAUGAGUUACAGAAUGAUGUGGUUGAGAAGCUUCCAAGAGGUAGUUCUGAUGUAGCAGUUGAAUUUGUAGAUGGAAAUUUCUCUUGGGAUUUAUCUUCUGUUAAUCCAACAUUGAAAGACAUAAAUCUUAGAGUUUUUCAUGGUAUGAAGGUUGCUGUUUGCGGCACUGUCGGAUCAGGCAAGUCUACUUUACUUUCAUGUAUAUUGGGUGAAGUACCAAAGCUAUCAGGAACCCUGAAGGUGAGUGGAACAAAGGCCUACGUUGCUCAGUCACCAUGGAUUCAGAGUGGCAAGAUAGAAGAGAACAUACUAUUUGGUAAAGAGAUGGACAGGGAAAAGUAUGAGAAGGUUCUAGAAGCAUGUUCCUUGACAAAAGACCUUGAGGUUCUACCAUUUGGUGAUCACACCAUUAUUGGGGAGAAGGGAAUCAAUUUGAGUGGUGGACAGAAGCAAAGAGUGCAAAUAGCCCGUGCUCUCUACCAAGAUUCUGACAUGUAUCUGCUUGAUGAUCCCUUCAGUGCUGUGGAUGCUCAUACAGGAUCGCAUCUCUUCAAGGAGUGUUUGCUUGGGCUUUUGAAAACAAAAACUGUGAUAUACGUAACUCAUCAAGUAGAGUUCUUACCUGAUGCUGAUCUAAUAUUGGUCAUGAGAGAAGGAAGGAUAGCACAAUCAGGAAAAUACAAUGAUAUUCUCCAGUCAGGCACUGAUUUUAUGGACCUUGUGGGUGCACAUAGAACAGCUUUGUCUUCAAUUAAGUCCUUAGAGAGAAGGGACACAUUUAAAACAUCAAGUAUCACCAUGCAAGAUGCAGAUGCAUUAAGUGGUUUUGAACUUGAGCAGACAGUGGAAAACAAAGAUGGUCAAAAUGGCAAUUCAGAUGAUACAGUUGAGCCAAAAGGGCAACUUGUUCAAGAAGAAGAAAGGGAAAAGGGUAGAGUUGGGUUUCAAGUCUACUGGAAAUACAUCACAAUAGCUUAUGGAGGAGCUCUUGUACCCUUCAUAUUACUAUCACAGACGCUAACAGUAGUUUUUCAGAUUGCAAGCAAUUAUUGGAUGGCUUUGGCAACUCCUGUUGCAGAACCCGAUAUUGAAAGCUUUAAACUCAUGGUUGUCUAUGUUGUUUUGGCAAUUGGAAGUUCCUUCGGCACCCUUGCCCGUGCAGUUCUUGCUGUGAUAGCUGGAUACAAGACAGCCACCAUGCUCUUCAAUAAAAUGCAUUUAUGCUUUUUCCAAGCACCAAUGUCAUUUUUUGAUUCCACCCCAAGUGGGCGAAUCCUUAAUAGAGCUUCCACAGACCAAAGUGCAAUAGAUAUGACUAUUCCAAAUCUUUUAUGGGGAAUUACCUUCAAUCUGAUUCAGAUCUUUGGAAACAUUUUUGUGAUGUCUCAAGCUGCAUGGCAGGUGUUCAUAAUAUUGAUUCCUGUGAUGGCAGCUUGCAUAUGGUACCAGCAAUACUACUCAGCAUCAGCACGGGAAUUGGCACGAUUAGUCGGUACAUGCCAAGCUCCGGUUAUACAACAUUUCUCUGAAACGAUUUCUGGGUCAACAACCAUAAGAAGUUUUGAACAAGAAUCAAUAUUUAAUGACACGAAUAUGAAAUUGAUAGACAAGUAUUCCCAACCCAAAUUAUACAGUGCUAUUGCAAUGGAAUGGCUGAGUUUCAGGUUGGAUCUUCUAUCCUGUACCGUAUUUGCCUUCUGUUUGGUGUUCUUGAUAUCUUUUCCAAGUUCAAUUACUGAUCCUGGCAUUGCGGGAUUGGCAGUGACAUAUGGGCUUAAUCUAAAUUCUAUACAAUUUAAUAUGAUCUGGUUUCUUUGCAAUUUGGAGAACAAAAUUAUAUCUGUAGAAAGAAUACUUCAGUACACCUCCGUCCCAGGUGAAGCUCCUCUUGUAAUCAAAGACAACCAACCAGAUCAUUCUUGGCCGUCAUUUGGAGAGGUUCAUAUCCAGGAUUUACAGGUUCGGUAUGCUCCUCACCUGCCUCUUGUUUUACGGGGUCUUACUUGCACUUUUACUGCUGGAGCAAAAACUGGCAUUGUGGGAAGAACAGGAAGUGGAAAAUCAACUCUGGUGCAAACACUUUUCCGACUUGUUGAACCUGUUGCUGGAAAAAUCUUGAUAGAUAACAUUAACAUAUCUUUGAUUGGACUUCAUGAUUUACGGUCCAAACUAAGCAUUAUUCCUCAGGAUCCAACAAUGUUUGAAGGGACUGUAAGAAACAACCUGGACCCUUUGGAAGAGUACACAGAUGAACAAGUUUGGGAGGCUCUAGAUAUGUGCCAACUUGGAGAUGAAAUAAGGAAGAAAGAAGGGAAGCUUGACUCCUUAGUUACUGAGAAUGGAGGAAAUUGGAGUAUGGGUCAGAGGCAAUUGGUCUGCCUUGGCCGGGUUCUUCUUAAGAAAAGUAAGAUUUUGGUGCUUGAUGAAGCAACUGCAUCAGUUGACACAGUCACAGAUAAUAUUAUUCAGCAAACAGUUAAGCAGCAUUUUUCAGAAUGCACAGUCAUUACAAUUGCUCAUAGAAUAACUUCAAUCCUAGACAGUGACAUGGUUCUGUUUCUAAAUGGAGGGCUAAUUGAGGAAUAUGAUUCACCAAAGAAACUGCUUAAGAACAAGUCUUCAGGUCUUGCUCAACUGGUUGCAGAAUACACAAGGAGGUCAAACUCUGGUUUUGGAAGUUGAACUGAAUCUGAAUUAAUGUCACCAACAAUAUAUGUUGUUACGCAGAGAUUUUACAGUUACACAUAUUUUCUCAGAUACUUGUAUGUGACUCACUCUAUAUGGCUAUAUCACAAAUAAGUGCUUGUCUGAUGUUAUUAAAUAA